AUGGUCUUCAGCAACGACGACCUCGAAUCACGUGCCUUGGAUACCAAGCCUAGGAGGAUGGUUAACAGCGUCGCAUCUCCAGCAAGUCAACGCACGCCGUGGUCACAAGUGAGACUUGUCUUCUCAGAAGCAAGAUAUUAUCAUCCACAACCUGGCGAGGCAUCGAGGCAUCGACUUGGAAAUGAGAAAGCCUCCCCAGCCCUGCGCUUGGUUGCCGCUGGAGACAAUGCCCAUUCCCCGGAUAUGAGCAGGCUGCAUGGCUUGGAGAAUUCAAAUGUCGACCCUGUGAUUGGGCAACCUCACAAACUCUUGGGCGGUCUGCAUGGCCAUCCAUGCGCUACAACGUCCACGAAUUUCCAGCCCUGCGUUCAAACGGCGCUCACCGUUGUAUCAACGGGAAAAGAGGAAGAAACCCUUUCGAGACCUUGGAGUAUCGUUGUGCCUUCGUCCAAAGUACACUAUACAGUAUACAAAGAAGAAGAACUUGGAAGUUGGAAGGGAUUCGCAUUGUUGCAUUUCAUCGCGAGUCAGGGUGAAGCUGACCCGCUGCUCGAGAAGCAAAAUGUUGGCUCAGUCUUUUGA